AUGAGGCGAAAAGUUCGCACAUUGCUGAAGUACACAGUUGUUUCUGGAGUAGUGAUACUAUUUCUGACAGUGCUCAUUCGUUCCUUUGGUGUAGACAACAAACAACCUUUAUCCAUAGGGUUAUUGUAUACGCCGGUAGCAGCAAAUCAACAGGAACAACAACCGCAUGCUAGACAGGGAUCAUUCUUCAAUGCGCCACCUAAGAAUGUACGUAAAAAACGAAUUGAUUGGCACAACUAUACACUGAUUCGUGAUGAGGCGCAGCGUAGUGGUGUGGGGGAACAAGGCAAAGCAGGACACUUGGAUGAAAGUGAAGCUGAAAUGAAAGACAAACUGUUCAAGAAAAACGGAUUCAAUGCUGUUUUAAGUGACAAAAUUUCUCUUAAUCGAUCCCUACCGGACAUUAGGCAUCGUGGAUGUCGCAAGAAGCAGUAUCUGAGUGAGCUGCCUACCGUGAGUGUGGUAGUUCCAUUCUACAACGAACACUGGAGUACGCUACUACGUACAGCAGCGAGUGUCCUGCUACGAUCGCCAGCGGAAUUGAUCGCGGAAGUUAUCCUUGUUGAUGACUGCAGCACGAAGAAUUUUUUGAAGGAGCAGUUAGAUCAAUAUGUCGAGGAACACAUGCCUAAGGUGAGAAUUGUACGUUUGCACGAGCGAUCCGGUCUGAUUACAGCCCGGUUGGCCGGAGCUAAGGUUGCAACGGCUGAUGUGCUCAUAUUUUUGGAUUCGCAUACGGAAGCCAACGUCAACUGGUUACCCCCAUUGCUGGAGCCCAUUGCUGAGGACUACCGAACGUGUGUGUGCCCUUUUAUAGACGUGAUUGAUUGGGACACAUUCGAAUAUCGGGCACAAGAUGAAGGCGCGCGUGGUGCAUUCGAUUGGAAGUUUUUCUACAAACGUCUGCCGCUCCUACCAAAAGAUGUGCAAACGCCGACUGAGCCGUUCGAAAGUCCAGUAAUGGCAGGCGGACUAUUUGCAAUCAGUGCCAAAUUUUUCUGGGAGCUAGGAGGCUACGACGAGGGCCUAGACAUCUGGGGCGGAGAACAGUAUGAGUUGAGCUUCAAGAUAUGGCAGUGCGGUGGCAAGAUGUAUGACGCGCCGUGUUCUCGUGUUGGUCACAUCUAUCGUGGAUACGCCCCGUUCGGAAAUCCGCGUAAAAAAGAUUUUCUCACUCGUAACUAUAAACGUGUCGCUGAGGUUUGGAUGGACGAAUUCAAGGAAUAUUUGUAUAUGCGAGACCGCAAAAAGUACGAUGCAACGGACGUGGGAGACAUUUCACGGCAACUAGCCAUCCGGGAAAAUCUUAAAUGCAAACCAUUCAAGUGGUUUAUGAAGCACGUGGCGCAUGAUUUAAUGGAGAAGUAUCCACCUAUCGAACCACCAGAUUUUGCAAACGGUGCUCUCCAGAGCAUUGCUCAUCCGACGUUAUGCGUAGAUACGCUUAAUCAUGGCGAAAAGCAAACGAUAGGGAUGUACUCGUGCGCUGAAGACAAACAGCAACCUCAACCGAAUCAAUUUUUCCAGCUAUCUUGGCAUCGUGAUUUGCGUAUAAAGUUCGGUGAACUGUGUUGGGAUGUCUCAGAAAGUGUACCGAAUGCAUCGAUUCUGCUGUACCAUUGCCACGGAGGACAGGGUAACCAGUUAUGGCGUUACCACACCGAGAGCCAAAUGCUCAAACAAGGGAAAAACAAUCGCUGUCUUGACAUGGACGCGAACACUCGCGCGGUGUUUGUGAACCCGUGUGACCCGACGAACCCUAGACAAAAAUGGCGAUGGGGCUUUGUUAACGUCAGCUCGAUCGCCAAUUGGGAGUUGUAUGGUGCUAAAGUAAUCGAAUGA